CAUAAACUUGUGAUUGUUGCAUCUAAAACGAGACAAAACAGGAGGAUCUCUGAAGUAAUGCACCCUCGAAAGAAAAUAACAAAAGAAGAUACUUGGAGGUCUGAUGACUUAAAAGUGCACCUUCAGGGACAUCAUGAGGAGAGCAGGAGAAGAGAUGGAUUAAAACGAGAAGAGGAGCACAGGAAACACAGGGAUGGAGAAUCUAUAGAUCGCCAACACAGAGACCCAGAUCAGGAUGCAAGGAGAGAGAGAGAAAAACAGAGGCAAAGCAAAAGAGAAGGAAGUAAGCAUAGAGACCCAGAAAGGGACAGAAACCAGGAUGGCAAGAGGGAGGAGGUAAGAGAGGAAAGAUACAAAGAGAAAAGGAGUGAGCUAGAGAAGGCAGUUGAUAACAGCAGGCACAGGGAUGGUGAUAAAGGGAGUGAUGAAAACAGCAAACGACAGAAGGAUAGAGAGAAGGACAGGGACAGAGAGAUGUACAAACAGCGGGAGAAUGAUAAAGAUAGAGAAAGGGAGAAAAGGAGAGCUGACAGAGACAGGGAGCGAAAGAUUAGACAGGAGAGACGAGAAGAAGGAAAAGAUCUGGGUCAUUCUAGAACAGAAGAGCGGGUCAGAGACAAAGAAAGAGAGAGGAGAGAAAGACACAGAGCAAGAGAAAGUAACUACGGUCAACAUGAAAUUGAGGAAAAACAGAGAGAGGGAGAAAGGAGAGAGAGACGCAGUGAUAAAGAACAGUCUGGCCACAAAGAAAGAGAACACAGAAGAGAUAGAGAAGAUGGAGAGAAGAGAAGAUGGGGAAAAGAAAGCCAUGAGGCAGAAACAAAUCACUCUCGAGAAACUGAAUGUGAGCCCCGGCACCAGGAGAGGAAAGAGCCGAAAGAUUAUUUCCAUGAUAUCAAAGAUGGGGAUAAGGAGAGGAAAGAAAGAGACAGACGGCGUGAAAGAAGGCACAAAGAGGAUUCAGACUCAAAGAGGAAUGACAGAGAACGGACAGGAAAAUAUAAAGAAUCCUCAGGCCAUAAACGCAGUGAUGGGAUAAACAGUGACAAAGAGGAAUCUACCACAAGACCUCAGUUAACUCGGAUGUCUAUUCAAGCUCAAAUGGGUGAUCCAGAGAUCCCUGUAGAGGAUGAAGAAAGGGAAGAGGAUAAACCGUCAGGCAAGGAAUAUCGUAAUGAUGAUUAUGAGGUGGAUUUUGAGGAUUAUGAAGAAGAUUUUGAGAAUGUAGAUGAAGAAGAGGAUGCUAAGGAGGAGGAAGAGGAGCAUGACAGUAUACUGAGAGAAGAAAUAAGGGAGCUGAGCCCCCGGAGAAGAGAAGAGAUUGAAGCCGUCCACAGAGCCAUUAAUGAGGAAAAUGAGAGAAUCUACUCAACAAGAUCACAGCGCACAACCACAGAGUCAGCUUUCCCAACUAGAGAGAAUCACUCUAACAGUGGUCAAACACAUGGCAAAAUUAUUGAUUUUGUAUCAGCAAAGCAGCGUGAGAUCAGCCAGAAGAUGGCCAAAAAACAAAAGAAGCGAAGCGAGGAACUGCUGCGUCUAAUUGAUUUCGACUUCUCCAUCACCUUCUCUCUCCUGGACCUGCCUCCUGUGAAUGAGUAUGACAUGUACAUCAAGAGCUUUGGAACAACCAAUACUAAACAGGCCUAUGUGCAGUGCAAUGAAGACAAUGCUAAUCGAGACAUACAAACAGAAGAAGUUGAAAUGAUGGACAAAUGGACACAACACCCACCAGAAGCCAAAGCAGUGUGUGGAGGGCCCAAGGUUUCUGAAGAAACAACUGAUGAGUCCAUGGCAAGAAUGACCACUGACUCUCAACGUUUAACUACUUUCCUAUUUUCUGCCACACAGGUGAUGGCUGUGCUGAUAGAGGAGAAUAUGGCCGAGAGUAAUUCUCUGAGAAGACUUCGCUCUCAAACAGAUGCGCUGUCCUUCAGUGAUGGCUGCCUUCAACUCAACACAAAGCUUCCCUUUCUGCGUGGUCGACAGGUGAGUCUGCUGCAGUUCUCUCAAGUCCAAAGACAGACUCUUCUCUCUGUUCAUCCUCCUUCCCCUAAAACCAACGCUGUGCGACUUGACAGCGAGACGGUCAUCUGUGUGUGGAACAUCUGGGAACCAUCCAGACCCCAAAAAAUUCUACUUUAUGAAUCUGAGGUGAGGUGCUGUUGUUUCAGUCCUGGUAAAGUUAAUUUAGUGUUUGCCGGUACAUCAGUGGGCUCUGUGGUUGUGUGGGAUCUCCGAGAACAUUCUGGUACUCACUGCAACUUAGUGGUCAGUGAGGAGGACUGGACGCUGCGUUACCCGACUUUCUCCACGGAUUCUGUGCUUUCAGGAGUGGGUCAUCUCUCUCCUGUAGUGUCCAUUGAACCUGUAAUGUCAACUGGUGAAACAGGUUCAAAUAGCACACUAACUGCAGACAUAGAAGAGUAUCUGGGAAUUUCAUUCCCAUUAGGAUCUCUGGAUGAACAAGGGGUGUUAACUCUCUGGGUUGUGGUUGAGCUUCCCAAAGGAAAUGAUUCUGGGUCUCAAACAGACUUGGGUCUAAGGCCUGGUGGUAAAGUUAAACUGCUCCACAGCUCCUCCCUGCAGACCACUGAGAAAUCACCUCAAGCCAUUAUGGGAUGUGGACCUCCUUUGAGCCUUCAGCUGAAAUUCCUCCCUUCUGACUCUAAUCAUUACUUCAUUGGUACCAACAUGGGUCUGGUUAGGCACGGUACAAGGCAUAGCUUGAAAGUUUUUCCAAAGUUCUACAGAUCACAGUUUGAUAGCUGUGGACCAGUGGAGGUCACCACACUUGACUUUAGUCCUUCAGGAGAACCCUUUUUCUUGGUUGGCUGCAGUGAUGGCACAGUUCGCUUACACUCUGUCCUGAGAGAAGCUCCAUUGAUGGUGUGGUCUGGAUGUUCUAGUGGCACUCCUAUUCUUUCAGUUCAGUGGUCUCAGACACGGCCAGCUGUGUUUUGUGUUCUGGAUGCUGCAUCUGAUCUUCACAUCUGGGACCUAACAGAGGAGGACUAUAUGCCCUUCAUCACUGAGAAUAUACACAAUGACCGGGUAACAGCUAUGGCUGCAUUUGGUGAGCCAGCCAAACAGAACACAUUCUCUGGAGUUGCGCUUGCCAAGCAGUCUGGCAAGGUGGAGAUUCAGUAUUUCAAGAAGUCACUUACAGUGCCUAAAGAUUCUGACAAAGAAAAGCUUCAGUCUGUUUUACAGGACACUUUUUGAUAUAUAUUCUCAUUUUGUAAAUCAGAAACCUGUCUGUUUGAGCCCAGAUUCAAAUUAAUAUCCAUUUAAAUCAAUUUGCACAAUAUGCAAAUAACAGAGGACAACCAAAAGUGAACUGAGAAAGUCAUAAACAAUAUUGAUGAACUUCCUGAAUUAUAUUACACUGUAGUAAUUUGAAUAUAGUCACUAAAGUUACAUGCUUUAAAGGGUUAGUUCACCCAAAAAUGAAAUUUCUGUCAUCAUUUACUCACCCUCAAACUUGUAUAAAUCUUAAACAUAAUGUUAGGGACUGGCAGCCUUAGUCACCAUUCACUUUCAUUGUAUGGGGAAAAAAAGAUACAGUGAAAAUUAAUGGUGACUGAGGUUGUAAGUUUCUAACAUUCUGCUAGACAAUUUCUUUAGUGGUUCACAGAAGAAAGUCACACAAGUUUAGAACUACAUAAGGGUGAAUAAAUGAUGACAGCAUUUUCAUUUUUGGGCAAACUAAGCCUUUAGCAGUGCCUGUAACAGUAUGAAUAGUAGUAGGAUGAGACAUAGUUGUUUACGACUGUCAUAAUGGCAACCCUUUUUUGUUCUGUACAAAUAACAAAUGAAGAACUCCUAUGGCUUAAAAUGUAUUACAUCUGAAACUUUGUGAAGGAAGGAACAUUAGGAUUUUGCUGCUGUAAAAGCAUUUUGCAAGACUUGUUAAACACUAAGAAAGCACAUAAAUAUAAGAUCUCUGAUCCUCAGGGAUAUAAAGUCAUAUAAUCUCAAUUUUAUAAUAUUAUACAAUAUGUACAGAUUAAUAUUUACUGAGUAGCAGUUAUACAGGAAUAUAUAUAUAUAUAUAUUAUGUAUGGUCCCUAGCAUUUCUCCACUUGAAGCGUACCCUUAUAAUUAUUUAAUAGCUAUUUUGUCAUGUAUAAAAUUCAAUAUGACAUGGUUUUUCUCAUUCAGUAUUCUUAAAUUAUUGUUUUAUAGAGUUGUUCCUCACUAUAUUAGCAACUGUACACUUAGACGUUUUACCCACACUACAGUAUUUAUCAAUGUGAUAUUUUGGAAUUAAGAACAGGAUAGGGUUUGAUAUUUUUUUUAAGACCUGUGAGAGCUGAAUUUAUUUAAAAAUUUGUUUAUUUGUUUAUAGUUUCAUCUUUAUAUUUGGUCAUUUUAAUUUGUAGAUACUGUAAAUCUAAAAUAAAUUUGACAGCAGAUAUUUCCUGGAUAUCUAUUUUCAGAAUAUCUACGUUUUCUCUUAAAUAUAAGAAGAAUGGUUCACCUAAAAAACAUCUAUUAAUUUUUUAUAUUUUUGAUACUGCUUUACUUUGAACAGUGGCCAAAAUACUUGUUCUGGUACAUAACUGUACACUACACAAUUUAAAUUCUGGGAAUUAAAGAUUUUUUGUUAAUUAAUGUAUUAUUAUAAAGUAAUACAAAUGUAUGACAGAAUUAUUGAAAUGUUAUUAAUACAGCCAAUGACUUGAAAACCUCUUCUAUAUGAUGAAUUAUGUUUUAUGAUUUCUAAAUACAAUUCUUGUGGGGCGAUAAGUAAA